UUGUAAAUCAAUCAUUCGCUUCAAACCUGAAGGGAAAAAGAGAUGAACAAGGAGAGAAAAUAAAAAAAAAGACCCGAGAGAGAAAAUUUAGCAAGGGGAAAAGCCAGAAAAUCAAACAUUUUCCCUGUGUACAAAGGUAGAUUCAAUUGGCGUAUCACACACAUUUUCCCUUUGCAGGUUGAGUAUUACAUUUUGGAUUGAUCACAUGUUGGAUUCAGCAUACGUUGAAUGAACAUUACCUAUGUGUAACCCCAAUCAAAAAAAUGUUUGAUUGUGGUUACAGAUCACGCUUCAAAGUUGGCGGGCAUAACGAAAAAUUCGUAAGGUUGGACGAUUUGGACUCAACAAACUCACCAAUGAAUUCCAGUGCAAUAACAAGGAAACGGGUUCGUUUCAACCUGAAAGGAGCCCUCUUUGGUGGAAGGAGACCUAAGUAUUCAUCCAAGUCGCUAAGAUUUGGCGUAAAGAGAGGGUCGGAGAACCUGCUAACGAUAGGACGAUCCCUCAAGAGCAAUGUCACGCGUGCCGUGUUCCCCGAAGACCUUAAGGUCUCAGAGAAAAUGAUUUUCGAUCCACAGGACACCUCGUUGCUGUUAUGGAACAGGUUGUUUGUGAUUUCUUGCAUCAUCUCGGUGUCGAUCGAUCCACUCUAUUUUUACCUCCCUGUGUUUAACUACACGAUGAGUUGCCUUGGGAUGGACACGCAGCUGGCGAAAACCAUUCUUACUGCGAGGACCGUGCUCGACAUCUUCCAUUUGCUUCGCAUGGCUCUCCAGUUUCGAACUGCGUUUGUUGCGCCGUCGUCCAGGGUUUUUGGGAGAGGUGAACUUGUUAUAGAUCCUGCACAAAUAGCUGCCAGAUAUCUGCAACGCUACUUCAUUGUCGAUUUCCUCUCCAUUUUGCCCCUCCCCCAGAUUGCAGUAUGGCAGUAUCUGCACACGAAGAAGAAGGGAUCAGAAGUGUUGGCCACAAAACAGGCGCUGCUGUACAUAGUGUUUCUUCAAUACUUACCAAGGUUUGCCCGCUUCUUCCCUCUCAUAUCAGACCUGAAAAAGACAGCCGGUGUGUUCGCCGAGAGUGCCUGGGCUGGUGCAGCCUACUACCUUCUAUGGUACCUUCUUGCUAGCCAUAUAGCAGGGGCAUUCUGGUACCUGCUUGCAGUGGAGAGAAAGGACACGUGUUGGAGGAAAGCAUGCAUUGAAAGCGGGAAGUGCAAUAUAGACUACCUCUACUGUGGGAACAAGGUGCUGCCAGGUUUCCAUAAAUGGAGAAGAAUCAGUGACAAGAUGCUAGGGAAAUUAUGCAGUGUCGUUAACGAUAACUCUGAGUUCAACUAUGGCAUCUACACCCAGGCCAUGUCUUCUGACAUUGUUGGUUCCAGGGUCUUCGUCUCCAAGUUCUUCUACUGCUUGUGGUGGGGUCUCCAGAAUUUAAGCACGCUCGGACAGGGUCUGCAAACCAGCACCUAUCCUUUGGAGGUUAUCUUUUCAAUUUCAUUAGCCAUUUCCGGGCUCAUUCUCUUUGCUCUUCUCAUUGGAAACAUGCAGACUUACCUCCAGUCUUUAACUGUUCGCCUAGAGGAGAUGAGGAUCAAAAGGCGAGAUUCAGAGCAAUGGAUGCAUCACCGGCUGCUACCACAGGACCUGAGAGAAAGGGUGAGAAGGUACGAUCAGUAUAAAUGGCUUGAAACUCGGGGCGUUGAUGAAGAAACACUAGUCCAGAGUCUGCCAAAAGAUCUUAGACGAGACAUAAAGCGCCAUCUUUGUUUGAACUUAGUCAGAAGGGUCCCUCUAUUUGCCAAUAUGGACGAGAGGUUGCUUGACGCCAUAUGUGAGAGGCUAAAGCCAAGCUUGUACACAGAGCACACUUACAUUGUAAGGGAAGGCGACCCAGUCGACGAGAUGCUCUUCAUCAUUCGGGGCAGGCUGGAGAGUGUGACGACAGACGGUGGAAGGAGCGGGUUUUUCAAUCGAGGGUUGCUGAAAGAAGGCGACUUUUGUGGAGAGGAGCUCCUGACUUGGGCAUUAGACCCCAAAUCAGCAGGCAACUUGCCUUCAUCGACGCGAACAGUAAAAGCACUGACGGAGGUCGAGGCAUUCGCACUGGAAGCUGAAGAGCUUAAAUUUGUUGCCAGUCAGUUCAGGCGACUUCACAGCAGGCAAGUGCAGCACACAUUCCGUUUCUACUCGCAGCAGUGGAGGACGUGGGCAGCUUGCUUUAUUCAAGCUGCUUGGAGAAGAUACUCGAGGAGGAAAGCUGCAGAGACUAGAAGGCUGGAGGAGGAAGAGGAAGAGAGGGAAAUGUAUAUGAACUAUUAUGAUGAUGAUUAUGAAGAUGAUGAUGAUGAUGACGAUGAUGAUGAGGAGUAUGGUGAUGAGGUUGCGCUGGUAGGGGCAAUGGAACACUCCUCCAGCUUCGGAGCAACAAUCCUGGCAUCUCGAUUUGCAGCGAAUGCACUCCGUGGCAGAAAGCUUCGAAGUACAUCGUUGAUGAAUCUGCGAAAGCCCCCUGAACCUGAUUUCAGUUCAGAUCAUUAACUACAGGGAUGCCUAAUUAGUUUGGUCGGUUAACCAAAAACCAGAUAGCCGAACAUUACGGGAACGGUUAACCACUUAAAUAAUCAGUUAAGUGGUUUGACUUUCAGUUAAGAAGAACAAACUAAACCAGGUAUCCACCCCUGAAUUUUGAGUCAAAUACAGACGUCCGUUUUUCUUUGCCUUUGUUUUCCUUAUGUAAAUGGAAAUUGUACCAGUUGUGCACUACUACUUGUUUAGAGCAAGUUUGUACGCUGUAAUUUUGAUUGCC